AGCAGCGCCGUGGUGCCGUCGCGGCCCCGCGCGGGGGCGCUGUUGGGGCGCACCAUGCGGGAGCUGCUGCGCAGCCGGGGCCGCGGGCAGCGAGACCGGCACGACCCCGGCCCCGAGCGAGCGCCGCCCCGCGACGAUGCCGCCGCCGCCACACCUGCCCGCCGGGCUCGGGGCAGCGAGAGCGCAGAGGGGUCGGGGGGCCUGUCCCCCGGCGAGCUGACAUCCAUCCGGUGCAAGAACAUCCCUGAUGACCUCAACGACAGGACGGUGCUGGAGAAGCCCUUCAGCCAGUUUGUGAACUGCGGGUCGUGACCAGGCGCGAGAGAGAAAAGGCUGUUGUCCACUCUUUUGAUCACUUUUGUGAGCAUCGUGAGCGAAGGGUGUAAGAGCAGGCGUGGGUCUAAGUGCCCGGGACAGGGCCUACUCGGGUGAGAACCGCACCCCUCGGUGGUAAUGCUGUCGGUGUUUCUCCUGGGGGAAAGCUUUGUAAUGUGACCACUGUGUGAAAGACAGAGAUAGAAGUGUACUGAGCUGCAUCUAGAAUGCCUGAGCUGCAAGAGAAUCGUAAAGUGCUUGCCACUGGUUACGGAUAUCUAAAGAGGCAAUGGGCUGUGCACCUACAGCGGGGCAAUGAAAGGUGUAAUCAUUUUACCUUUUAUAUGCAUCCAUACCUUAUCACAGAAUUUACCACAGGACUUUGACCAAUCUACAACUGUCUUUUUUUGAGAAAGAGAAAUUCCUUUUAGUUUUUGAAACCCUAUUUCUCUCAAGAGACCACCAUAGGGGGAACCACAUAUGGCAGAGACAGCUGCAGCACAAGGUAUUGUUUUAUUGUUUUAUUAUUUUUAUUCACCUGACCUCUUGAAGGACAGUGAAAACAGCAGAGGCGAGCUGAGAGCCAGCAGUAACCUGAGCGGCUGUUACUCAGGUUGACAUGCAGGUGGAGGUGAUUUCUGUCUGCCUGUAGUGUCUCCUUUAUCUACCAGCUCUGUGUUGCACCUUGGGAAGGGUUUUCCUUUAGCACUCCUGUUCCUAGGCCUCUGCACCGAUGUGAAACUUCAGCUUGUCUUUACUCUUGAGAAAAUAGGUUUUGUGCCGACUGAGGGAAUGUUUUCAUUUUAAGUGUUCCUUUAAUUCCACCAGCAUACCUGGACAAAGAAACUGGCAGCUUAGAGCCACCAAGUACAAACAGACCAUGAAGGACAAAGGGAGAACUUAAUGCCCAGAACAUUGGGGUCUGAUCAAAGGAUAGAUCUCAGUACUGCCAAGGCAAAGAGGAGCCUAAUCGGUCUGGGUGGUGGCUUUCCUUUAUACUUAGAAUCAUAGAAUCAUUGAGCUUGGAAAAGACCUCCAAGAUCAUCCAGUGCAACCGUCAGCCCAACAUCACCGUGCCUACUAAACCAUGACUCAAAGUGCCACAUCUACAUGUUUUUGAACCCCUCCAGGGAUGGUGACUCCACCACUGCCCUGGGCAUCCUGUCUGGAUGCUUCACCACUCUUCCAGUAAAGAAGUUUUUCUUCCCCUGGUGCAACUUGAGGCCAUUUGCUCUUGCCCUUUCCCUUGUUACUUGGCAGAAGAGACCAACACCCUCCUUGCUACAACCUCCUUUCAGGUAGGUAUAGAGAGCAAUAAGGUCUCCCCUCAGCCUCCUUGUCUCCAGGCUGAAUAGCCCCAGUUCCCUCAGGUGCUCUUUGUAUGACUUGUACUCGAGAUCUUUCCUCAACUCUGUUGCUCUUCUCUGGACAUGCUCCAGCAGCACCUCAACGUUCUAGGGAACCCUAGAAAGGGAGUUAAAACAGCUUGUUUAAUUCAAACUCUAAAGCACCUUCUUCUUGAUUUUGUUUUCUCUAUUUCAGAGGUGAAAGCUGGCCACAACCUAAUGGAGCAACACCUCAGUCUCCCGCCUUCUUCUGUCAUAUAUUAUGAGCAGCUUUACAGUUUCUGUUCUUCCUUCUGCUGCUUUUACUUCUGGCUUUCCUGUUUCCAUAUUGUGAGGAAGCCUACAGCUGCGCCGAGCGAAACAACUUCAAGUAUUCUUUCCAUUUCAUGCUGCAAUACCCCAAUGGGCCUCCACCAUCUUAGAAAGCAGCCCAGGAAUAAAUACAUUAACAAUAAAAGGAGAACCAGGGAGAAUGUUCAGUCCUUAUUGGAUGCAAAGGAACAACUGUGACAAAGGAUGAGGACAAGGCUGAGGUACUUAAUGCCUUCUUUGCCUCAGUCUUUAGUAGUAAGGAAAGUUGUUCCCUGUGUGAACAUACCCAGGAGUUAGAGGAGCAGAACAAAGCUCCCAUGUUCCAAGAAGAGGUGGUUAGAGACUUACUUGCCCGAUUAGACACUCACAAGUCUAUGGGGCAGGAUGGGAUCCAUCCAAGAGUAUUGAGGGAGCUGGCAGACGUGCUUGCCAAACCCCUUUCCAUCGUCUUCCAGCAGUCCUGGCUGACUGGGGAGGUUCCACUUGACUGGAGACUGGCUGAUGUUAUACCCAUCUUCAAGAAGGGUCUGAGGGAGGGACCAGGAAACUACAGGCCUGUCAGUCCGACCCCAGUGCCAGGGAAAGUCAUGGAACAGGUGAUCUUGAGUGCUAUCAUGAAGCACAUGCAAGGGAACCGGGUGAUCAGGCCCAGUCAACACGGGUUCAUGGAAAGGCAGGUCUUGCCGUACUAACCUGAUCGCCUUCUAUGACAAAGUGACCCGCCCACUGGACGAGGGAAAGGCUGUGGAUGUAGUCUUCUUGGACCUCAGUUAAGCCUUUGACACAGUUCCUCACAGCAUUCUGGUUAGGAAACUGUCUGCCUCUGGCCUGGACAGGCGCACACUCUCCUCAGUAAAAGACUUGUUGGAUGGCUGGGUCCAAAGAGUGGUGGGGAAUGGAGUUAACUCCAGCUGGAGGCCGGUCAACAGGUGGUGUCUCCCAGGGCUCAGUGCUGGGUCCAGCCCUCUUCAAUGUCUUUAUCAAUGACCUGGAUGAGGGGAUCAAAUGCACCCUAAGUAAGUUUGCAGAUGACACUAAGCUGGGUGGAAGUGUCGAUCUGAGGGGGUCCACAGUGGGCUGAGACGUAGACAAGGAGGCAACACCUGCAGAACUUGGAGAUCAGGGAACAGGAAGUGAUCAGCCGAUACAGGACCACGUGAAAAAGAAGUACCAUCCAGUCACAGACUAUUUAUACAUAAGCUAAUCCGAUCAUGCGGAGAAGCGUUUGUAGACAAAGGGUAUAAGAGGCACGUGUAAGAUCAAUAAAGAAGCCAGCAGUCAACAUCAAGAAGCCAUGUAACAUCAAUAAAGAAACUUGCUUCCACAUCACCGUGUCAUGUCUGAACAGUGACAUCGAUCUGCUGGAGGGUAGGUCUUCAAAGGGAUCUGAACAGUCUGGAUCGCUGGGCUGAGACCAAUGGCAUGAGGUUUAACAAGGCCAAAGGCCGAGUCCUGCACUUGGGGCACAACAACCCCGUGCAGUGCUACAGACCAGGGGAAGAGUGGCUAGAAAGCUACACUCAGGAGAAGGUCCUGGGGUGUGCUGCCCAGGUAGCCAAGAAGGCCAAUAGCAUCUUGGCUUGUAUCGGAAAUGGUGUGACCAGAAGGUCCAGGGUGGGGAUUCUUCCCCUGGGCUUGGCACUGGUGAACCGCACCUUGAAUCUUGUGUUCAGUUCUGGCCCCUCACUACAAGAAGAAUGUUGAGGCUCUGGAGUGUGUCCAGAGAAGAGCAAGGAAGCUGGUGAAGGGGCUGGAGAACAAGUCUUAACGAGGAGCGGCUGAGGGACCUGGGGUUGUUGAGCCU